AUGGCUCUUUACAACGAAGCAAUAGAGUUUGAAAGAAAAAUCGGUAUUAUCAUUGCUUUUAUUUUCGCUCUGAUCAUCGUCAUUGGUGUCGUUGGAAAUUUUCUUGUCGUCGUGGUGGCGCUAAGCCAAUGGACGUGCAUUAUGAUUAAUUUUUUCCAGCACGCAUCAGCGUAUUGUUCCGUCUGGACGUUAAUGUUGAUGGCGUUGGAUCGAUAUUUAGCUGUUGUAUAUCCCGUCGAUUCGCUAACCCUUCGAUCUCCCAAGAACGCUGUUAUCGCGCUUGCUGUCGUCUUCGCUGUCCCAAUUGGACUGAUGCAUGGCAUUUAUGCAUAUGACUUUUUCACUGAAGUCCGUUCAACGUGUGCUAUUGUGAGCAUAGCGACAAGCACAGCUACGCUUACCUUUGCAAGGACGUACUUCAUCACAUUUAAUGUAUUCGGAUACAUACUACCGCUCGGAAUAUCAGCACUAUUGUAUUGGCGAAUGUUGAGACGUCUUUGGCGCACACAAAAUCCUGGGCAUGCGAGUAAAGUGAGCAUUCAGUAG